AUAUCAUUUGUUAUACUGCUAAGCGAUAGACGCUACUGUUUUUUGUUCAAGUGAACUAUGUGAAUAGAUAUGUACAGUGCGCUUCUACUACUAUUUCUUGUGACGUGUUCUGCGCAAUUUCUCCCCAACGGCUGCCCAGCUGACUUCAGUGUACAUCUCCUGCUGCCUCACGAGAUUCACUGCGAUAAGUUCUACCAAUGCAGCAAUGGACAGAAAAUACUCAUGCAGUGCGGACCUGGUACAUUAUUUGAUGAAGAACUCCAGGUUUGCAAUUGGCCUUCACAAGUAAACUGCAAUAGAGUUACUCAUACAACAGAAGCAACGGAUACCACAGCUUCUUCUGGAACAACAAAAGAUGAAACAACUACUGAAGGUACAACAGGAGGAUCAGUUUUUACUACUGAAAGCUAUACCGAUGAAUCUCCGAAUCCUACUCAAGAAUAUGAAACUACAUUAACAGAUACUAUCAAAACAACGACGAGCUCAGACAACAAUACAUUCCCACCGAUAACAUCUACAGUAUCAUCUGAAAAUCCCACUCUUCAAACAGAUGCUAUACAAACUACAGAUAAUUCUGAAAGUAAUACAUUCCCUCCAACAACGUCUACAGAUCGAUAUCCUACUGUCAGUUCAACAACAACAGUACGUGAGACCACAACAACUUCUGUGAAUCCAACGGAAGUGUACGAAACGACUACACAGUCUGAUGUUACUACAGAUAAUUCAGACAGUAAUAUUUCUUCUGAAAACACUCAAGAGUAUGAAACAACUCCACAACUAGAUACCACCAAAACCACAGAUGGUUCGGAUGAUACAACUCCCUCAACAACAUCGACUGAAAGUUAUCCGACUUCGGGUUCAACAACAACAGAACACACCACGAUAUCUUCUGAAACCGUAACUCAAAAUCAUGAAACAACCACCUCAAUAUCCACUGAAACCCCAUCGGUAGAUUACGAAACGACUAUACAUGAAGAUAUUGAUAUUACAGCGACGACUGAUAGUGACACGUUUCCACCAGUUACAACAGAAGGUUACACAGUUUCAUCUUCUGAAACACCAACAGAAGACUAUCAAACAAAUCCACAAACUGUCACAACAGAAAAAUCAAUUACUGACAGUACAACCAUCGAGUCUACCACCGGACCUUCUUUAAGUACAAUCGAAUCAAAUACCAAUCCAGAUCAAUCAAUAACUUCAAAUGGUCCUGAUGAUAAUCAAACAACAGAAGCUCCUUUAUCAACAGAACAGGUACCGAUAACUAUAAGCUACCCAACAGUACCUUCGGAGUCAAACACGCCACCUAUUGUUACAACAGAUAGUGGAACAAAACCAACUGAAGAUACGACAACACCUUCAGAAAUAACAUCAGAGUAUUUUACAACUACAACUGAAAGCACAACAGUAGAUUCCGAUGUAAGUACAAUCAUUAUACAACAGUAA